AUGGGACAGAUAUUCUCUUUCAUGUCAAAAAGUCAAAAAGAGAAUGAUUUCUUCAAAGAGAAAACAAUUGAGAAGUUUGGACAACUCGAGGCUUCUAUGAGGAAUUUGGAAACACAAAUAGGGCAGCUUGCUACAACUUCUUAUACAGUGCCCAACCCCAAGGGAAAUUGCAAAGCAGUCACCCUGAGAAGCGGAAGAAAUUUGGAUUCAAUGCCUUUAACGGACGACCAAGGAGAGAAAGACAAAAAGGUCAAUGAGACAGAACCUAAGAAGAGCAAGUCUAGUAUUCCUAAUGACAUUCCUCCAUAUCCAUUCACGAGAAAGAAGCGAGUGCGGCAAGAAAAGAGUUUUGAGUGGAUGAUGAAUGUGAUUAGAAAGGUGAAUGUAGACAUCUCAUUGGUGGAUCUUUUCACCAAUUUCCCGAGAUUCUCCAAGUUCUUCAAAGUCAUAACGGCGAACAAGGAGAAACUUCAGGAUGAGGGGAUUGUGACAUUGAGCACGAAUUGCUCACAACUGAUAUCUGGAAUCAUGCCGACGAAGAGAAGAGAUCCAGGAGGUUGCAUCAUACCAUGUGAAAUUGGCAACACGAUUUUCUCAAAGUGUUUAUUGGACCAAGGUUCAGGGAUCUCACUGAUGGCAUUGAAAAAGGCUCGUGCCAUUGGUUUGGAGGAAAGAAUGGAGCCUAUCGACAUCGCUCUACAAUUGGUUGAUCACUCCAUAGUGAAGCCCACUGGAAUUGUUGAGGAUGUCUUGGUUAAAAUCGAUAAGUUCAUCAUUCCGGUUGAUUUUAUUGUGCUCGACAUGCCAGAAGAUAAAGAAGUGCCAAUUUUGUUUGGUAGACCAUUUCUAGCAACGGGAUAUGUAUUGCUUGGAGCAAAGGAUAACUAUGUUACAUUCAGAAUUAAUGUUGAGCAACUGACCAUCAAUGUUGAGAAGGCCUGUGUUGGUGGUGAAAGUGGUAAGGAAGCAAGAGAGGUGGUCACACUAGAGAGUCCGAAAGUGUAG